AUGAACAACCAAACUAGAGGGGGUUUUGGACGUGGCCGUUGGCAAAAUGAUAGAGGAACUGGACCUUUUCCUCGACCUGGACCUUUUCCUCAAAGGCAAAACUAUGGAUAUAAUUCAAAGUUUUUCAAUGGCCGUCGGGAUGAACGAUUUGUUUCUGAACUAAGGCUUUCAAAGAGUGAAGAGACAUUAGCAAGAAAAUGUAUAACAAUCCAGGAGCCAUCUGAACUUGCAUGUUAUAGUCGUGGAGGAGAUGGAGAUGUUUACUUUGAUGAUCUCAACUUGAUAUUGGCAACUGCCUAUCUUAAAAGCGAACCUUGGGAAAUGGGGGUGCAUAAAAGGAAUGGAGUUGUCUAUCUUGGUGUGCAUAAACUUCCAGAAAGGCUACAGAGUGAAUGUUAUUGGGGAUACUGUUUUGAGAGCCUGGCCACUGUAGAUGGAAAAAGAGCUGAUGGGGACCGGAAACAUCAUGUUGAUUCCAACGUUGAAUUUUGUCCUGUAAUUGAAACUAAAUUAGGAGCUCAUCGUAUUUUGAUGGGUGCAGAAAUUGAUUGCUGUGAUUUAACCGACGAUGGGAGGAAGUUUUAUGUUAUUGAAGACAAGUCGCGAGAUAUUGGCAGUUGCUGUGUCAUAAAACCGACAACUUCAACUGUCCUAGUUUCCGAAAAUAUAAAAUGA